GGAAGUCCAAGCUGGUCCGGGCCACCUAGGCUUGCGGGAUCUCUUAGCUGGUCCGGUGCUUGGGUGCCGGGGUUUCCCGGCGCGCCCGGAUGCCGAGCCCGGGGCUUCUGGUGCUCUUCGGCAGCCAGACAGGCACGGCCCAGGAUGUGUCGGAGAGGCUGGGUCGCGAGGCUCGGCGCCGGCGGCUUGACUGCCGGGUGCAGGCCCUGGACUCCUACUCGGUGGUGAAUCUGAUUAGUGAGCCCCUGGUGAUAUUUGUUUGUGCAACUACAGGCCAAGGAGAUCCCCCUGACAACAUGAAGAACUUCUGGAGGUUCAUAUUCCGGAAGAAUCUGCCACCGACUUCCCUCUGUCAGAUGGACUUUGCUGUUCUGGGCCUCGGGGAUUCCUCUUACGCCAAGUUCAAUUUCGUGGCCAAGAAGCUGCACCGACGGCUGCUGCAGCUUGGGGGCAGCGCCCUCCUGCCUGCGUGCCUGGGAGAUGACCAGCAUGAGCUGGGGCCCGACGCUGCUAUUGACCCCUGGCUGCACGAUCUGUGGGAGAAGGUGCUGGGGCUCUACCCGGUGCCCCCUGACCUUGGCGUGAUCCCCCCCGGAGUCCCUUUGCCCUCCAAGUUCACCCUCCGCUUCCUUCCGGAGGCCCCCAAGAUGUGCUCUGAGGAGCAGCAUGUGGCCGGUGCAGAUCCCCCAGGUCCCCCUUCAGAGCAGCAGCCCUUCCUGGCACCCAUGGUCACCAACCAGAGGGUCACCAGCCCCUCUCACUUCCAGGACGUACGGCUGAUCGAGUUUGACAUCACGGGCUCUGGGCUCAGCUUUGCAGCUGGCGACGUGGUGCUGAUCCGGCCCCAGAACCAGGCCAGCCACGUCCAGCAGUUCUGCCGGGUGCUGGGCCUGGACCCCGACCAGUACUUCACGCUGCUGCCCCGGGAGCCAGGUGUCCCCUGCCCCACACAGCUGCCCCAGCCCUGCUCCGUGAGGCACCUCGUGUCCCACUACCUGGACGUCGCCAGCGUGCCCCGCCGUUCCUUCUUCGAGCUCCUGGCCUGUCUCUCUCCCCACGAGCUGGAGCGGGAGAAGCUGCUGCAAUUCAGUGCCCCCCAAGGUCAGGAGGAGCUGUAUUCGUACUGCAACCGGCCUCGCAGGACCGUCCUGGAGGUGUUGUGUGACUUCCCACACACGGCUGGAGCUGUUCCCGCAGACUACCUGCUGGACCUCAUCCCCCCGAUCCGCCCGCGGGCCUUCUCCAUUGCCUCCUCUCUGCUGGCUCACCCCUCGAGGCUGCAGAUUCUCGUCGCUGUGGUGCAUUACCAGACGCGCCUCAAGGAGCCCCGCCGGGGCCUCUGCUCCUCCUGGCUGGCGUCUCUGGAUCCUGGGCGAGGACCUGUCCAGGUGCCUCUGUGGGUGCGGCCCGGGAGCCUGACCUUCCCGGAGACACCGGACACACCUGUGAUCAUGGUGGGUCCCGGCACCGGUGUGGCCCCUUUCCGAGCAGCUGUCCAGGAGCGGGUGGCCCGGGGUCAGACCGGAAACUUCCUGUUCUUCGGCUGCCGCUGGCGCGACCAAGACUUCUAUUGGGAAUCUGAGUGGUUGGAGCUGGAGAGGAAGGGCUGCCUGACCCUCUUCACAGCCUUCUCCCGGGAACAGGAGCGGAAAGUGUACGUGCAGCACAGGCUCCGGGAGCUCGGGCCGUUGGUGUGGGAGCUGCUGGACCGCCGAGGCGCCUACUUCUACCUGGCGGGCAAUGCCAAGGGCAUGCCGGCAGAUGUGUCAGAAGCCCUGACGUCCGUCUUCCAGGAGGAGGGUGGGCUCUCCGGCCCUGAUGCAGCCAACUACCUUGCCAGGCUCCAGCGGAUGAUGCGUUUCCAGAGUGAGACGUGGGCCUAAGAAGCCAUCCUGCCAGCCUUGGCCACUCUAAACGCUGCCCUCUGGGGGGCUACUGUCACCUUCCACCCUGUCCCCUGCACAGCCUCACUUCAGUCAACCUGGGGUCCUAUACCCAGCCCUGACAUCGCUGCUCACUCACCACCCCACCCCUGCCCCCAUCCAGGGUUGCAGGCUACUGCCGGCCUUUCCCCGCUGGCCCCAGCUUGGGUCCUGGUCAGGAUGGUCCCUGGGCUGCCCCACCCUGCAUAAGGACGGGGCCCCAGGAAGGAACGGGCAGCCUGAUGGGCAUCGGGGGCUCCCCAGACACCAGCUUCCAGACAGCAUGCGAGCCCAGAGAGCCUUCUGAGGUUGUCCCAGGGGACAGCAGUUUCCCAGUCCCCCUCUGCCACAUCUCUGUGCCCACCCACAAAGUACACGGUGCUGUCGCAGGGCCUCGCAGGGCCAGGGCUAGGGCUGGAAGGCAGGACCAGGGGAGACCCCCAGCUAGCACACUCUUUCCUCACCCUGUUCCUGGAACACCUCCGUAAUAAACUGUGGGCUCUUGUUGGCUGUUUCUGA